GGGGGUACAGGCUUUAGACAGGCAUAUAUACAAAAAAACAGCUGCAGGUUGAGCUUAAAAUAACCCCCUGGUCUCCAAAGAAGAGACCAAAGUCCACAAAACACUGAUUUCGGGACUGCCAAGCAGGACGAGCAGCCGCAGGGCUGGAGAGAAGUGCCGGUCAGCCUGCAGGAUGCUGCCGCCGCUCUGCCUCCUGCCGCCGCCGCUGCCCUCGGGGGCCGCCGCUGCCCUCCCCCUGGAGCGCGGCCUCGCCGGCCACGACAGUGCGCAUAUGCAGGAAGUGGCAGAAAUAAAGAAGAACAGCCUGUUGACUUUCCUUGCGUGGUGGUAUGAGUGGGCCUCCCAGGCCAGGGCAGUGUCCUUUGUAGGAGGGGAAGCCAGGGAGGUGUCCAAACGGCAGGAAGUCCUGCCCCUCCAACAGUCCACGCGCCGAGAUAAAACGCCCUGCAAGAAUUUCUUCUGGAAGACCUUUUCCUCCUGCAAAUAAAACCGCACCCAUAAUUACUCAUGCAAAGAAGUGUAACGAUGGAUCUGAAUAAAAUGUAUUAAU